AACGGGGAGCUCGUCUCUCUCUCCUCCGCUCUAUUCAUCUUCUUCUUCGUGUUAAUGUGCAUGUAAACCUAGAAUCGAUUUCAUUUUGAUCGAGGAUCUGAACACUGUUUCGAAAGAGUAAAGAUGAGAGAGAUCAUUAGCAUUCAUAUUGGUCAAGCUGGUAUUCAGGUUGGGAAUUCUUGUUGGGAACUCUAUUGCCUUGAACAUGGAAUCCAGCCCGAUGGUACAAUGCCUAGUGAUUCAUCUGUGGGAGUUGCACACGAUGCAUUCAAUACCUUCUUUAGUGAGACAGGAUCAGGAAAGCAUGUACCAAGAGCAAUUUUUGUUGACCUAGAACCAACUGUUAUAGACGAAGUCAGAACAGGUGCAUACAGACAGCUUUUUCAUCCUGAACAACUAAUUUCAGGUAAAGAAGAUGCUGCCAACAAUUUCGCAAGAGGCCAUUACACAGUCGGGAAGGAGAUUGUCGAUCUUUGCCUCGACAGAGUAAGGAAGCUAGCUGAUAAUUGUACUGGUUUACAAGGGUUCUUGGUCUUCAAUGCUGUUGGUGGUGGUACUGGUUCAGGAUUAGGUUCAUUACUAUUAGAACGACUGUCUGUCGAUUAUGGAAAGAAAUCGAAACUUGGAUUCACCAUCUUCCCUUCUCCUCAAGUCUCUACAGCUGUUGUUGAACCAUACAACAGCGUUCUAUCGACUCAUUCUCUUCUCGAACACACAGACGUGGCAGUUCUCUUGGAUAAUGAAGCCAUAUAUGAUAUUUGCAGGAGAUCCUUAGCCAUUGAAAGGCCAACAUAUACAAAUCUAAACAGAUUAAUAUCUCAGACCAUAUCAUCUUUGACUACUUCAUUAAGAUUCGAUGGCGCCAUUAAUGUUGACAUCACUGAGUUUCAGACUAACCUUGUUCCUUAUCCCCGCAUACAUUUUAUGCUGUCUUCAUAUGCACCUGUAAUCUCAGCUGAAAAGGCUUAUCAUGAGCAGUUAUCUGUACCCGAGAUCACCAAUUCCGUGUUUGAACCUUCGAGUAUGAUGGCCAAAUGCGAUCCAAGGCAUGGGAAAUACAUGGCUUGUUGUUUAAUGUAUAGAGGAGAUGUUGUGCCUAAAGAUGUAAAUGCUGCUGUUGCUACAAUCAAAAGCAAACGGACUGUCCAAUUUGUUGAUUGGUGUCCAACCGGAUUCAAGUGUGGUAUAAACUACCAACCGCCUUCAGUUGUCCCGGGUGGGGAUCUAGCAAAGGUGCAAAGGGCGGUUUGCAUGAUCAGCAACAACACAGCAGUGGCUGAGGUGUUCUCGCGCAUCAACCAUAAGUUCGACUUGAUGUAUUCGAAGAGGGCAUUUGUCCAUUGGUACGUGGGUGAAGGAAUGGAGGAAGGAGAAUUCUCGGAGGCGCGUGAAGAUUUGGCUGCCCUCGAGAAAGAUUAUGAGGAAGUCGGAGCUGAGGCAGUCGAGGAAGAGGAAGAAGCGGGCGAUGAGUACUAAUUAUGCUACGGUUGGUUUCAUCCUCCCAUCGAUUUAUGGCGUGCAUUUAAAGUUCCCGCUCAUUUUGAUUGCUUGUAUGAAAUUUGUGGCAUUGUUGGGGCAAUUUGUGUAUUGUAUUGUAAUUGUAAUUGUUGUUCAUUUUGUUGGUGGUGCUAAGAAAAGAUUUGAUCAUUUGGUGGUGUGCUAAUAGAAAGUCAUAUUAUUGUUGGUCUUUUAA